ACUAGAAAAACAAAACAUGGCUUCUCCCAUAUAUAACUUCCAUUUUCUUCUUGCUUUGCUAGCCAUGGCCUCCUCCGCCUUCAUCCACCCUGCCUUAAGUGACGGAUCGACCCAACAACUGAUCGAUAAAAUUUGCCAAUCAGUGGAGGAAUAUGCAUUUUGCAGCAAGACUUUCAACCAAUUACAUCAAGGGCUCUACAUGUUGGAUUCCGAGAGAAGAUCACCUAGAGCACAAGAGAAUUGCAUCACUAUAUUUAGCACUCCGCCGACCCCUCCGAACCCUGUCGCAGAUCGGAAUCGGCAAAUGAGGAUCUUAAUCGCAAUGACCAUAGUUACUGGAAUGGAACUUACUUCUAAGCUUUCUUAA